AUGUGUUUUCUGUAUGCGGGUCACAGUGUGGAUUUGGUGCACGCCCAGAUCCGCGUGUGUGAGGGCCGCAGUCUCCCUGAGUUGAGUCUCGAACAGGACAAGAUCCGCAUCAAUGGUUGUGCCAUUCAGUGCCGGGUCACCACAGAAGACCCCGCCCGUGGUUUUCAACCUGACACAGGUCGCAUAGAGGUGUUUCGCAGUGGAGAGGGUAUGGGCAUACGUCUGGACAGCGCGUCUGCGUUUCAAGGGGCCAUCAUCUCACCUCACUAUGACUCACUGCUGGUUAAAGUCAUCGCCAGUGGCAAAGAUCUCCCCACCGCUGCAACCAAAAUGCACAGAGCUCUUACAGAAUUCAGAGUGCGAGGAGUUAAGACUAAUAUACCCUUUCUGCAGAAUGUACUGAGUAAUAGCCAGUUCCUGUAUGGCACAGUGGACACACAGUUUAUUGACGAGAAACAGGAACUGUUCAACCUCAAGCCUACACAGAACAGAGCUCAGAAACUUCUGCACUAUCUGGGUCACAUCAUGGUAAAUGGACCCAUAACUCCAAUUCCAGUCAAAGCCAAACCUUCAUCUGUUGAUCCAGUCGUUCCACCCGUUCCUCUGGGUGAGCCGCCCAUGGGCUUCCGUGACGUCCUGUUGAAGGAUGGUCCCGAGGGGUUUGCGAAGGCCGUUCGACAGCACCAGGGUCUGCUCCUGAUGGAUACCACCUUCAGAGACGCCCACCAGUCUCUUCUGGCCACUCGUGUCAGGACGCAUGACCUCAAGAAGAUCGCUCCCUUUGUGUCUCACAACUUCAAUAAUCUAUUUAGCCUGGAGAACUGGGGAGGAGCUACAUUUGAUGUAGCAAUGCGUUUUCUCUGGGAGUGUCCGUGGAAGAGACUGCAGGAGCUCAGAGCUCUAACACCCAACGUCCCCUUUCAGAUGCUUCUACGUGGAGCUAAUGCUGUGGGAUACACUAACUACCCCGAUAAUGCUGUGUUCAAAUUCUGUGAGGUGGCCAAAGAGAACGGAAUGGAUAUCUUCCGUGUUUUCGACUCAUUGAACUACAUUCCCAACAUGCUUUUGGGUAUGGAAGCAGCAGGCGCGGCAGGGGGCGUGGUGGAAGCGGCCAUUUCUUACACGGGAGAUGUUUCUGACCCCAUGAGACAGAAAUAUACCCUGGACUACUAUCUGGAGCUGGCCGAUGAGCUGGUCAAGGCUGGUACACACAUACUGGCCAUUAAGGACAUGGCUGGCCUGCUGAAGCCUGAAGCCAGCCGCUUGCUGAUCGGAGCGUUGCGGGAUCGUUUCCCUGACGUUCCCAUCCAUGUCCACACUCACGACACGGCGGGCGCGGGCGUGGCUGCUAUGCUGGCCUGCGCGGAAGCGGGAGCCGAUAUAGUAGACGUGGCGGUGGACUCGAUGGCCGGCAUGACCUCUCAACCGAGCAUGGGCGCCAUCGUAGCCUGCGCGAAAGGAACAAAACUUGAUACUGGAGUUUCCCUUGACAAGGUCUUUGACUACAGCGAGUAUUGGGAAGUGGCUCGUGGUCUGUACGCUCCCUUCGACUGCACCGCCACUAUGAAGUCUGGUAAUGCAGAUGUUUAUGAAAAUGAGAUCCCAGGUGGCCAGUACACCAACCUUCACUUCCAAGCACACAGCAUGGGUCUGGGUAACAAGUUCAAGGAGGUGAAGAAAGCCUACGCUGAAGCCAACAAACUGCUGGGAGACCUCAUCAAAGUGACUCCCUCAUCUAAGAUCGUGGGUGAUCUGGCUCAGUUCAUGGUGCAGAAUAAUCUUUCCCGGGCUGAGGUGGAGGAGAGGGCAGAUGAGCUCUCAUUCCCGCUAUCGGUUGUGGAGUUCCUGCAAGGACAUAUCGGAAUACCAUACGGAGGCUUUCCAGAGCCCUUUAGGUCAAAGGUGCUCAAGUCGCUACCUCGCAUCGAAGGUCGUCCAGGGGCUUCACUUCCACCAAUGGACUUCACGGCUCUCGAAUCUGGCCUGCGAACCGCACACGGUAAUGACAUCACCCCUGAAGACGUGAUGUCAGCAGCCAUGUACCCUAAAGUCUUUCAAGAGUUUAAAGAGUUCACAUCAAACUUCGGGCCGGUGGACUGCCUCAAUACUCGCCUGUUUCUGGAAGGCCCUAAAAUCGCUGAGGAGUUUCAGGUUGAGUUGGAGAGAGGCAAAACACUGCACAUCAAAGCUUUGGCCCUGGGUGACUUAAACAGGUCUGGUCAGAGAGAGGUGUUUUUUGAACUCAACGGGCAGCUGCGUUCCGUCUUGGUCAAGGAUACGGCGGCGAUGAAGGAAAUGCACUUUCACCCUAAAGCCUUGAAGGACGUGCGAGGACAGAUCGGAGCUCCCAUGCCCGGUAAAGUGGUAGAAGUAAAGGUGAAGGAGGGCCAGAAGGUGGAGAAGGGUCAGCCGCUCUGCGUCCUCAGUGCCAUGAAAAUGGAAACGGUUGUCAACUCGCCACUCUCAGGCAUCGUAUCCAAGGUGCACAUCAAAGCGGACAGCAGCCUGGAAGGAGACGAUCUGAUUUUAGAAAUAACCGAAUGAAUUUGAAAGGUUAUGUUAAAGGUGAACGAGGACGGGAAACGCAUAGCAGGCAACGGGUGGGAUUUUGUUUUUUACGUUUUUAAUGAUUCUGUAUAAUUUGAUGGACUUUCCAUGCUGUUGCCUGCCAUUUUGACCAGGUUUACGCAUCAGCACAGAACUUCUUCGAAGGCGGUGCUGUAAUCGGUUUUUAGGGUUUCGUACAUUUCCAACAUGGUGUACUCUUAUUGUGUCGUGAUUUCAGUGCCAGACUAAUUUACAACAUUUCAGUUUUGUUAUAUCAGUCAAAACAGAUGUUUAUAGCUGAAGUGUUUAUUGCCUUUAACCAUAAACUAUGAAGCCUUUAUGAUUCACACUCUGGUAUUCAGUUUUAGUUCUAGUUAAUACACUGAGGAGACUCCCACUUGUGUCUUGUGAAUCCAGAUUUAUGACUUAUAGCCUCGAAGAAAGGAAGGGCACAUUACAUCUAUAUUGCACAGAUUAUUUUACUUGAAUGAAUGAAUAAUAUAAAGGCUUAUUAAGAAUUCUGUUGACAAUCGUUGAGUUUAUAUAUCAGGGUGUGUUUGGGAAAGAGAGCGAGAAUGCUCGGUGCACAAUAUUUUCUGCGUGAAGUUUCAAGAGGAGCAGUUUGAUAUUAAUGUCAUGAUAGUGGAGUGUAAAAAUGCAUUUAAAAGUCUUAAAUAUUAAUACCAGCAGUAAUCUAGUAGAUGCACAAGCACGUUUAAACGCAUUGUAUAGUGUUGUCAUGGCAACCUCAUUUUGCACAUGCUGGCAAAAGCAAUAAAGUUGAGUAAUUAAAUACAAAAUAUUCCAAUUGUUGGGUUGUGUCAGUGGUUGUUCCAGCGUAACGCUAUCAUACAAAAAUUGUUCUUUUCUGAAACCCGCCAUUAUUUUUGACAAUCUCAUUAUAAGAAAUGUGAUUCUAGCUAAUGCACUGUGGCAAAUGUGUGUGUAAUAAUAAUGCUUUUAAAAGUUAGCGCAUAACAAAGUCAUAUUAUCUAUUUCUCCUUUGUCUCCAUCCUUGCUCUUUAAUCUCUCUUUCACCUUGCGUGGGGGUUGAGGUGCUGUGUUCACAUCAUGGAUGAAAAGCAAGU